GGGAGAGCAGGGGAGCAGGCAUCCCUAAAGGAGGAGGUGCAUACGGAGGAGAAGCUGAGCCAGACCGAGGGGGAGUGAGAGAGAGAGAGGUUGGUUCCUGUGAGAGAGUGUCCUCCCGUGCUCCUACUACUGCUGCACGUUGAUCGAGGAGCCUGCCAGCCCUGGAGCUCAUCUGAGAUCCAUUAAAGCCAGCAGAAGAAGCCAUCCUCACUCAGACGGCUAGAGGAGACUUUGGAAGGCGUUUGAAGAAGACUUUCCUGGAUCCAAAGUCACGCGCCAGAAGCCGACAUGUCACGCUGGGGACGGAAGAACGUGAAGAAGACGCCGGAGGUGAUCCGCACGGUGACAGAGGGCCUCAAGUCUCUGUACCGCAAGAAGCUGCUGCCCCUGGAGCAGUACUACGGCUUCCAUGACUUCCACUCCCCCAGCCUGGAGGAGGCCGACUUCGACAACAAGCCCAUGGUGCUGGUGGUGGGCCAGUACUCCACAGGGAAGACCACCUUCAUCCAGUACCUCCUGGAGCAGGACAUCCCCGGGAGCAGGGUGGGUCCGGAGCCCACCACCGACUGCUUCACGGCCAUCAUGCACGGCGAGGUGGAGGGCGUGAUCCCCGGCAACGCCCUCAUCGUGGACCCCAACAAGCCCUUCCGCAAGCUCAACCCAUUCGGCAACACCUUCCUCAACAGGUUCCAGUGUGCCCAGAUUCCGAACCAGGUGCUGGAAAGCAUCAGCGUCAUCGACACCCCGGGGAUCCUGUCGGGGGCCAAGCAGAGAGUGAGCCGAGGUGAGAGGAGCACCAAAGGCUACGACUUCCCCGCCGUGCUGCGGUGGUUCGCCGAGCGCGUGGACCGCAUCAUCCUGCUGUUCGACGCCCACAAGCUGGAGAUCUCCGACGAGUUCUCCGAGGCCAUCGGCGCCCUGAAGGGCAACGAGGACAAGCUGCGGGUGGUCCUCAACAAGGCCGACAUGGUGGACACCCAGCAGCUGAUGCGCGUGUACGGCGCGCUCAUGUGGUCCCUGGGCAAGGUGUUCAACACGCCGGAGGUGCUGCGCGUCUACAUCGGCUCCUUCUGGGCCGAGCCGCUCCUGGUGGCCGACAACCGCAAGCUGUUUGAGCUGGAGGAGGAGGACCUGUUCGCCGACAUCCAGAACCUGCCCCGCAACUCGGCCCUGCGCAAGCUCAACGACCUGGUCAAGAGGGCGCGUCUGGUCCGGGUCCACGCCCACAUCAUCAGCCACCUGAAGCAGGAGAUGCCGUCCGUGUUCAGGAAGGACAACAAGAAGAAGACCCUCAUCUACCAGCUGCCCGUCAUCUUCUCCAAGAUCCAGCUGCAGCACCACAUCUCCCCAGGAGACUUCCCCGACUGCACCAAGAUGCAGGAGCAACUGCUGGUGCACGACUUCACCAAGUUCAAGACGCUGAAGCCCACCCUGAUGGCGGCGUUGGACGAGCUGCUGUCGUCCGACAUCGCCACGCUGAUGCCCCUGCUGCGGCAGGAGGAGCUGGAGAACAAUGACCAGAUGGGGGUGCAGGGAGGCGCCUUCCUGGGCACCCGGGCCGGGCCCUUCAUGGAGGGGGACCCCUUCGGCGUGCUGGAGAACGGCGGGGAGAGCCACGGCGAAGGGGAGGGGGAGGAGGACUGGGUGGUCACCAAGGACAAGGCCAAGUACGACGAGAUCUUCUACAACCUGGCGCCCAACGAGGGCAAGCUGAGCGGCACCAAGGCCAAGGACUGGAUGGUGAGCACCCGGCUGCCCAACUCGGUGCUGGGCCGCAUCUGGAAGCUGUCGGACGUGGACCGCGACGGCAUGCUGGACGCCGAGGAGUUUGCCCUGGCCAGUCACCUGAUCGAGGUGAAGCUGGAGGGCCACGGUCUGCCCCCGGAACUGCCCAGUCGCUUGGUGCCCCCGUCAAAGCGCAGGCAGAAGGGGUCGGACGCCUAAACCCGGGGACCCCCCCGCCCCGCCCCCCACCUUACCGCCGCCGACCCCCAAUGCCUGGAGGCCAGAGGGACCCUUCUCACACAGAUGGCCCAUAGCUCCCUACCCCUUCCCCCUCCCCCCCCCACACCACGCCACGCCCCAAGAACCCCACCCAGCUGGAUCACAUAGCUACGCCGGGUGGAAUCCGUUACUUUGAAGGGAUUCACUGAUUUGAUACUUUGACUUGGACCCAAGUUCAAGGGCAAGGUCGCCAAAGAGGUAGGCUACAGCUAUCGACAGCGCCUGUCGGCUAAAGUUAGUGGCUCUGACGUAUUUGAAGAGAUUCUUUCCUAAAAUGUCGACAUGGGUUGGUUCAAUUGUUGCUUAUUUUUCUUAGAUCGCUUUGAUGUUUGAUUUGCUUUAUAAAAAAGAGGUUUCAAUGAUUCAAUUAUUUGCUGAGAAUAAAAGCCUUGAGCCCUUUCCAAGAAAAUAGUAUUCGAGUAUUUUAUAUUUGAAAGAUUUGAACGGAGAGAGAAUGAGGCCUUAUAGUAUUAAAACGCUUUGGAGCAUUGCUGACUCCUUGAGACCAGAGUAUCUGUGUUUUAUCUGAUUUGAAAUAUCCUAUAGUCCUAAAUGCUUUGGCAACAAUGUUCAAUGUAUGUAAAUGUACUGUAUAAACAAGAGAACAUCGCUUUAUGAUGUAUAAACCAAUAUUUUGGAUUAUCUGAUGUAGCCUAAUUAAGGCAUGUUUAGCUAAAGAUGCAGUCGUUAUCUAAUAACCAAAUACAUUCAAGGUAUAUUUUAAUGCUUCACCUGCCUUCUGAUUUAUCUUCACCACCAUAUUGUGCAUCUAUUUAGCUGUACUUUGUAAUAUUUGUGUUUGUUAGUUUUUUUUGAAGAGGACAAUACUUCUCUGUUGUGUAAAUGAAUGUCACAUGCUCACAUGGUGCAAUUUCCAACAAAACAGCCCUAUUGAUAUUACUAACUACUGUACAACUGUUGCCAACUGGUAUAACCAAAUAAACUGUAUUGACUGUG